UUACGCUUUAGUUUCUGUACGGAGCAAGGCGGUUGUGUAAUUGGAGCCGUCAAACGAUUUUUCUUCAAUAUUGAAAUGGAAAUAUCCGCAAAAAUGGAUAAUUCUGGCAAUUCAGCACCUCUACCACAGCGUCAAGCAAGAACAAAUAAUCAACCUAACAAAAAUAUCGGAAAACACGGCCCACAAAAGCAAAAUGAUGCAGAUGGGGGUCCCGCGGAGAAGCGGCAACGUUUUGGGCCUAACAAUCAGAAUGGCGGCGGCCAGAAUCAAAAUAAGAACUUUGGCAACAAGGGUGGAUUUGGCGGAGGUGGAAAUCGUAACCGUAAUCGUGGCGGCAACCAAAAUAGGUCGAAUUUUCAAAACCAAAAUCAACAAAAGUCCACAACAGAGCAACCAAAAACGGAUGGAGGAAAUCUCAAUGACAAAGUUGUCGAAACAAACAGCGCGAAUCAGUCGAACUCUGCUGCCCAAUCCCAGGCACAGCUUCAAGCCCAGGCUCAAGCUCAAGCACAGGCUCAAGCUCAUGCCCACUUAGCGUUUAGGGCUCGUGGCGGCGGUGGUGGUGGUGGCGGAGGCGGAGGAGGAGGUGGUGGAGGAGGCAACAACAGCGGCGGCGGCGGUGGUGGACGUGAUAGGAACCGCGGGUCACGUGGCGGUGGUGGCGGCGGCGGCGGCGGACCAAAUUCUGGCGGCGGUAACAAUUCGCAACGUGGCGAUGAUUUCUUUAUUGCCCAACGUCUACGCAGCAUUUCUGGUCCUACCCACGAACUGCCACCGAUUGAGGUCGCCCAAGAGACGAAGUUCUCUGGUCGCAAUCGUCUAUAUGUUGGUAAUUUAACCAAUGACAUUACCGAUGAGGAGUUGCGAGAAAUGUUUAAGCCCUACGGCGAAAUAGGCGAGAUAUUUUCAAACCUUGAAAAGAACUUCACAUUCCUUAAGGUCGACUAUCACGUUAAUGCCGAAAAGGCCAAACGCGCCUUAGACGGCUCAAUGCGCAAAGGGCGUCAGUUGCGCGUUCGCUUCGCCCCCAAUGCAACCAUAUUGCGUGUCAGCAAUCUGACACCAUUCGUGUCCAACGAGCUGCUCUAUAAGGCCUUUGAGAUCUUUGGGCCCGUCGAACGGGCCAGCAUUACAGUUGACGAUCGUGGCAAACAUAUGGGCGAGGGCACUGUCGAGUUUGCCAAAAAGUCAUCGGCCAGUGCAUGCCUUCGUUUGUGCAAUGAGAAAUGCUUCUUUUUAACGGCCUCAUUGCGUCCAUGUCUAGUGGAGCCGAUGGAAGUCAACGAUGACAACGACGGACUGCCCGAGAAGGCGCUCAAUAAAAAACUGCAAGAGUUCAAUCAGGAGCGCAGCGUUGGUCCCCGAUUUGCUGACCAAAAUUCAUUUGAGCACGAGUACGGCUCCAGAUGGAAGCAGCUACAUGAUCUAUUUAAAAGCAAGCAAGAUGCUCUCAAGCGGGAGCUCAAAAUGGAAGAAGAAAAGCUUGAAGCUCAGAUGGAAUAUGCUCGAUAUGAGCAAGAAACAGAACUUUUGCGUCAAGGUUAGUAUUAACAGGGUAAUACGAUUC